AUGAAGCUCCGUGUGCGAUCCGCCCAAGGCGGCGCCACUCAUCGCAUCGAAGCGCCGCCGCUCUGCUCGCUCCGCGCGCUCCGGGAACUCAUCGCCGCCUCGUUCGGCGUUCCGCCCGCGGCCCUGCGCCUAUCACUGAACAAACGCGAUGCGCUCACCGGUGGCGACGCCGGCCCUGACGUGGCAAUCUCUGAGCUCGGAAUUCGCGGCGGCGAUUUGAUUUUUGUGCUGACCGAGGGCGCGGGGGGCGCAGCGACCGCGGAGGGGACGGUUCUUGCGGAUGGAGUGGAAGGCGGCCGGAGAAGCUCCCUGCUGGUCUAUGGCUCUACUCUCUCCCCUACCCCACCCUCCACCUCUUCUUCCUCCGUCCCAGCCGCCUCUCCCCCCUCCAUUCGUCGCCUUGUCCUGCCAUUCUCCACGUUCCUGAAACAGCCGCAGCCCCAGCCCCAGCUGCAACAGCCAUCCCAGCAGCAGCAGCAGCAGGGAGGCGCACAGGCGAGUAUGGAGGCGGCACGGGUGGCAGCAGCGGUGUACGUGAGUGUGAGAGACAUGUGGCGCUGCAUCAAGGACCAACUCACUCUCCCCCUCCUCUCCGACGCCUCAUUUCGCUUCCGCCUCUGUGCCUGCUCUGCUGCCACUGCCACUCCUGCUUCGACUGCUGGUGCUGGUUCCCCCGCGCCUCCCACGCUGCACAUCCACACACACACCUGCCCGAGGCCCACCACCACCACCACCCAUCACCCUUCCUCCUCCCCAACCUCCCGCAUCCCCUCCCCUGCUCCCCCUGCGCCGCUGCUCCUCUUCCUGCCGUCCCUGCUCGCGCUCCCCCACGAGCUCCGCCUGCUGCUGCUCAGGAAGCUACCUCCUGUGGACCUCGCAUCCCUCGCGUGCACGUGCUCGGACCUGCACUUCACAGUUGACGCAGCACACGAGAAGCGCCGGGAGAGAGAGCGGGCGGAGGAGGAGGAGAGGAGGCAGCGUGAAGCAGCAGCUCGUGCUGCUCGCUCCCGCUUCUUCCCCCCAUUCCACCGCCCCCAGCCCUUUCUCCCCCCGCCUGGGGGAGGAUUUGCCCCUCCCCGGAUGAUCGGGGGGGAUUAUGACCGUUUCCCAGGCGGGGGAGGGGGUGGAGGCGGGUUUGGGGGGUUUGGGGGGUUUGGGGGCAUGGGCGGGGUGGGGAUGGGCAGAGAUGGGAUGGUGGGCGGGGAUGGGAUGAUGGGGGGAAUGUUUGGACCGGAUGGGAGGGUGAUUGGAGGGGAAGGGGAUGGGAUGGAUGUGGAUGGGGGGAUGGGUGGUUCUAGAGCCAUGCGGGAGGCCCUGGGGGGAGGGCAUGGGGGAGUGGGAGGUGGGGGGGGGAUAGGUGGGGUUGGGCGAGGAGGAGGAGUGGGAGGAGUGGGGAGGAGGGGUGGUGGUCGUGGUGACAGGUUCUUCCCUGGUGGUGGUACUAUGGGUGGUGGUGGGGGUAUGAAUCGAUUCAUCUGA